AUGGAUCACCACGAGCCUACCAUCGAAUCCACCAUGGAUACCUCUGCCACGGAAAAAGAGCUGUCUGGAACACCGAACGAAGACACCGACGUCGAGAGCGCCCUCGACCAACAACCUCGCGAGAAACCUGCCGACAAAGAUCCCAACCUGGUCGAAUGGGAAGGUCCAGACGAUCCGGAAAAUCCUCAGAACUACCCCAAGUGGCGAAAAUGGUUGAUCACUGUGACCAUGUCAUUAAUGACCGUCUGGAUCACAUUCGCCAGUAGUGUCUUUUCGACCGCAACAACUGUCACAGCCAAAGAAUUCAAUGUGUCUACCGAAGUCAUGGUCCUAGGAACCAGUUUGACUGUCUUCGGCUUCGCCCUCGGUCCUCUCUGCUGGGCUCCGAUGAGUGAACUAUACGGCCGCCGCAUCCCACUAUUCUCCGGCUACGCUAUAUUUGCUAUAUUCCAAAUCCCCGUCGCUGUCGCCACAAAUCUCCAACAGAUUAUGAUCUUCCGUUUCCUGAUCGGCGUUUUCGGUUGCUCCCCAUUAGCCGUUGUUGGCGGUGCCAUGGCUGACCUCUGGGACCCUGUUGAUCGGGCUGUCGCUAUCGCCAUGUUUAGUGGAGCUACUUUCCUCGGCCCAAUCAUGGGUCCCAUUGUCGGUGGUUUCAUCACAGAUUCAUACCUAGGCUGGCGCUGGACUGCGUGGAUUACUCUCAUCGCAUCCUCGUUCUUCGGUAUCACUGCCCUUUUCAUCAUUCCAGAGACAUAUGCUCCCAAGAUCCUCCAGGACCGUGCUGCCCGUCUUCGUCAAGAAACCAAGAACUGGGCACUGCACUCUUUCCUUGAUGAGCACAGGCCCACUUGGAAUGAUAUUGUGACCAAGUAUCUUCUUCGUCCAUUCCAGAUGCUCUUCUUGGAGCCUAUCCUCCUCUUCAUCACCCUCUAUCUCGCUCUCAUCUACGGGAUUCUCUACCUCUUCUUUGAAGCCUACCCGAUCUCCUUUGGCGAAGUACGUGGCUGGACACAUGAAGGUGUUGCCGCACUCCCUUUCAUUGGUAUUAUGAUUGGUGUUUUCUUGGGCAUUGCCCUGAUUAUCUACACAACGAAGACCCGCUUUGCUCGUAAACUAGCCAAGCACGGCCGUGUCGUUCCUGAGGAGCGCCUGAUCCCCAUGAUGAUCGCUUCAGUUCUCCUGCCAAUUGGAUUGUUCUGGUUCGGCUGGACCUCUAAUAAAAAUAUCUCAUGGGUGCCCCAGGUCAUUGCCGGAGUUCCAAUUGGAUUGGGCAUCUUGGUCAUUUUCAUGCAAGGUCUCAACUACAUCAUUGAUGUAUAUAUGAUGUUUGCCAACUCUGCCAUUGCAGCCAAUACCCUCGUGCGAUCUCUAUGCGGUGGUGCUUUCCCACUGUUUGCUACUCAGAUGUAUGGAAACCUUGGUGUGGCUUGGGCGUCCAGUCUUCUGGGCUUUGUCACCCUCGCCAUGGUUCCUAUUCCGAUUCUGUUCUUCUUCUAUGGAGCUAAGAUCCGGAGCAUGAGUCGGUUCAGUCCGAAGUUUUAA